CCCUAGGCGGGGCUGCCUUCGCCUCUUUCGCGGCGUGGAGCCCCGCGCAGCAGCCCCGGGGCGGCACAAGUUUCUGUGAACCCCAGAUGGGACUUUGGCACGCCCAGCUAGGGUGUCCCGUGCUGGUGGGCACUCGGGUUAGAGCUGCUCCUGCGCCACCUGCACCCUAUUCCUUUCCCCCCAAACUGGCUAAGUGUCCCCAUUUUUGGGGUAUUUUCCCCAUUUCUGGGUCACCCUUCGCCGCCGCAGUGAGUUUUGAAACCUGGAACUCCGGGGGAAACCUGAAACGAGCGUUUUGUCGGUAAAGAUAAGUGCCUUCCGAGAAGUCUGAAUGGGCUUUUCUCCCAACAGUGUGUUUCUCUAUAUUCCAUCCCCAUUCAUGGACUGAAGUAGCACAGAGUAAGACUGUGUGACUAAUGUCACUCUGUGAAUGAACCCAUCCUUGAAUUUUGUGCAUAUCAAGGUUCAUCCAAAUGGGCUAGAUUGGCAGUGGCACUGAUUGCUUUAGGAAACAGAAGUUUGCCAUCCAGACCCCGUCCCCCUCAUCUCUCACUCUCUCCACUUCUAUCUCCUCCUCUCCCUCCACUCCCUCACAGUUGGAUUAUAUUCUGAUGUAAAACUUGACUGGCAUUCCCCCUUUCCUUUUCAUCCCUCUUUUCUUUAAUUCUUUAGCUUUUUCCAGAAAUGUAGCAAAAAGUACUUGCAUUGCUAGUGUUAAGAUACAAUAAAUCUGUAUAUCAAAGGUGAGGACGGCUGAGGGUAGUGCACUCUUCUACUGAAUAUCCCAUCUUCUUUACAGAGGAAGGAUAAAAGGAUGACUAGGUUGAAAGUUGAUUACCUUGAUAAUAGGUCUUUAAAACCUGUAGAUUUUUAUUGCAAAAAUCCUGGCCUUCAUGAGCAUGAAGGCCCAACAGUGGCCUGAAAAGAAAGGGAAAUUAUGUGGAAGAAGGGGAAUUAAUGUUGGAAAAAAAUCCUCUAUAUUGGGCCUACUUCUAACAAUGCAAGAAGAAAGAGAUGAGGAGGGAAUUUUUUUUUUUUUCCAAAUUAACUGCAGGAUGAUUUAACAUAAUAUAACUGAACAACAUAAUUAAAAUGCUCUUUAAAAUAUUAAAAGUUUAGUUUAUAUGUCAUUUGACAUAUUUUUAAUGAUUAUGGACAUGUAGAGAGCUAACAAUUCUAGUUUCACAAAACAAAUGCUGUUAAGAGUAAUAGCCUGAUGUAUAAAGUAGUGUAAGAGAAUUUUGCUUUGUCUUUGCAGUAGCAGUUACUUCAGUUUCAACACACUUUCAGCAAGCAUUCACCUUGUGAGCAUUGAAAAAUCAUUUAUGCCCAUUUUUAUUAAUGGUCUUGAAGUGUUAGCUUUCUAUUAUUGAUGAUAAUGAGGGCAAAAUAGUGGAAGACAUAACCAUUGUUUUCAGUAACAGGAAUCAUUAAUGAAAUUAUAGUGAGUACUUAAGAACUAUUUUUCUGGCAUAGUAGAAGAACAAUGUUCCUAAAGUAACAGUGUUAUAAUGGUUCCUUCAUUUAACAUCUACACAGUUGGACUGUUACAGCAGGCAUUUAGAAUCCUUUUUUAAUGUCUAUUUUUACUUUCUAUUUCUUCUAAUGGGGAAAAUAUGACCACAUUAAUAUUUUCUAAGAAAGCAAAUGCACAAUUAAAGAAGGCAAUUAACAAAGUAAUUAUUCAAAAUGAAGCUAUUUUUCUCUUCUCUAAAACUAGUUAUUUGUGCAUGAAGUUUAAUGUUAAAGGAAAAAGUUAUGAUUACGAUUUAAAAACUUUAAUGAAUAUCUAUGUUUUAUCAGGAGGUCUAUUUUGGGGAUAUUUAAAUGUAAAAAAUAUUACCAAGGAAGAGCUAAGGACUUCUGGUACAGUGGUUAGUAUUAAAGAAGCUGAUGGGAUGCAUGACCUUUUUCCUUUCAUCCCACUGGAGAGCUGAUGGUAUAGUAUUUUUAUAGCUGUCCUUUAAAUCUAAAGGAAGACCUACCCACCUCAUUGAAAUGUCAAGGUAUUCUAUAAACAUAUUUUUAACUCAGUAUAUCAUCUAAUAAGUAGGUCUGCCUGCUUGUAUGCUUGGUUCACAGAGAAAGGAUUCAUGUCAAGGUGAAGCAUUCUUUAAAGAAAAGUUUUAUAUAAUGCCAAAAAAACUGCAUAUAUGUCUGUGGUCUUUAGUAUAUUUCAUUUUUUAAACAAAUAACUGAGGAAUUCUUAAGUCCACAUAUGUUAAGUAAAUAUUGAUCUAAUAUUUUAAGCCCUAAUUCAGAACCACUUAUGUGCAUUUUCAUUAUGUGUAUUGCAACUUAUAUUUAUGCUAUUUUAUUGUUUUACAGUUGAUCUUGUUUUUAUUCCAAGUAUUCACACUUAAACUUUUAAAUAAAUGGGAUGCCAGAGGCCAGGUUGCAUUCCUAUAUGUUAUCUUUGACAUUUAUAGAACCUAUAUGUUGCUUCAUAAUGUCUUUUUAACCUGCUAAGUAAUAUUAUAAUGAUUCCAUAUUCGUGAUCUGAGUUUUUAUAGUAGUGCUUUGGCAACUGCUAGUCAUCUCCUUUUUCUGCUUUUGUAUGAUAAUUCUAAAUUUACCAUUUGCUUCAAGCUUCCUAUUCUACUUCAGACCUAAUGAUCCCCCUGUACUAAACAGAGGACAUUGCCUUUUUAAGUCAUGGAGAAAAUAAUUGCCAUAUAAUGUGAACAGCUCUAACACUAACAUCCUCUUCCAUAACCUCAUUGGGCUUUUCCUUUACAUGUUCGUUUGGCUUUUUUCCUAUCAGAGAGGAAGCACUUUUCUUCCUCAUUUCUGAGAUUAACCUCUCUUCUUAUGCUCUUUAUGCCAUCUCCUGUAUCCUUUGAGAUCUUGUGCCAUUAUUUAUUCACUCUUGGGUAUGUUUAAUUUCUUGGUGUCUUUGAGUUCCUCUCCACUGCUUUUAACAGUGCUCAAAUCUGAUCCACCUUAAAGUAGCUUUUCUUCCACAGGGCUUCACCUUGGAGUUGCUUUUAUCACUUUCCUUUUUUCACUUAGUCCCUUAUAGUGUACAGAUUUUAGUUAUAUUCUAAUGAAACUAAUGUUCUUAAAGUCAUUUAGUAGUAACAAUUAUGAUGGUAUUGAUAUAAGAAUAGUUAUUAUUUAAACCCUGUUUAUGUGCACAUCACUAUUCUUUGUACCUUACAUUAUCUUACUCUUUGUACCUUACCUUAUCUCACUUAAUUCUCACAACAACCCUAUGAGGUAAGAAACUGUAUGAGGUAGUAUAUUGUGGGGUCAAGAGCUUUGAACACCAGUUACAUGGGUUUGAAUCUUACUUAUAUUGCUUAACUAACUGUGGGACCUUAGAUAUGUUGUUUGACCUCUUUGUCUUAGUUUCCUUAUCUAUAAGUUGGAAAUAGUACCUUCCUACUUACCUCAAAGGGAAACAAACAUAAAGAGAUUAACUGACCCAAUAUCACACAGAUUUGCAUAAUGAUGUAGAUUAGAACCCAAAUAGUUCUGUUAAACUACUUUGCUGUCUUUUUCAGUGCUGUUGGUGACUCAGUUGAUGAGGCCCACAGUGUUUAACUAAGUUUUAUUUCAUCAUUCUCCUAUUUGUGCCUACUCCCUAAAUGUUGUUUUUUUGAGGUUUGAUCCUCUGCCUCCUUUCCUUCUUCCUUUGUUCUUUCCUCUAGGACCAGAAGUUUAAGUUAUUAAUUUCUAAAAUCUCUAUGCUAGACUUCUCUUCUGAGUUCCAGAUCCUUGAUUCCAAAUUCUUGAUCUCUCAUAAGAAUCCUAAACUCAAUUUUUUUGGCAGUUGAGUAAUGUGAUUUGAAUAUUUCAUCUCUGAUUAAAAUAUAUAUAUAGUUUUUUCUCCUAAUGUGGCUGAAGAAAAGCUAGUUCUAGGAGUGGGAAACACGUUGGUUCUCCAUUUCUUGUUCACUUGUGCUUACAUGAAUAUUUCUGCAGUUUAUUUCUGUGAAAGAAUCUUUUAAAGUGAUUAUUUUGUGAGAGUUAGAUUACCUUAAAGUAGAUGUUAUCCUUAAAUCCAUUCACCUAAACUAUGAUACCUUGCAAUGUGCUGAAAGAGAAUUGAAGAGUAUGAGAAUACAACUGUCAAUCUCUCUACAUUGUGGAGUCCUACGGUGAAGUAUAUGUUAUAUGACAGCAGACAUCCAGACUGAGAGAGGAUGCAAGUAACGUUUACUGAAGAUGACCUUAGAAGAGAGACGUAAAGAAUACCUAAGGGACUAUGUUCCCUUGAACACCAUUCUGUCAUGGAAGGAGGAGAUGAAGGGCAAGAGCCAAAAUGAUGAGGAAAAUACUCAGGAAAUGUCAGAGGUGAAGAAAACUUUGAGUGAAAAAGUUUCUCUCUAUAGAGGUGACAUCACAGUGCUAGAAGUAGAUGCUAUAGUCAAUGCGGCAAAUGCCAGUCUUCUUGGAGGAGGAGGUGUGGAUGGCUGCAUUCACAGAGCAGCUGGACCCUGUUUGCUAGCUGAAUGUCGUAACCUGAAUGGCUGUGAUACUGGACAUGCAAAAAUCACAUGUGGCUAUGACCUGCCUGCAAAAUAUGUCAUUCACACUGUAGGGCCAAUAGCCAGAGGCCAUAUUAAUAGUUCCCACAAGGAAGACCUUGCAAAUUGCUAUAAAUCAUCUCUGAAGCUGGCGAAAGAAAAUAACAUCCGAUCAGUUGCAUUUCCCUGCAUCUCAACAGGCAUUUAUGGUUUUCCAAAUGAGCCUGCUGCAGUCAUUGCGCUCAGCACCAUUAAAGAAUGGCUGGCCAAGAAUCACCACGAGGUGGAUCGGAUCAUCUUCUGUGUCUUCUUAGAAGUUGACUUCAAAAUCUACAAAAAGAAAAUGAGCGAGUUUUUCCCUGUAGAUGAUAAUAAUGAAGAAGAAGACAUUGAAAUGAAAGAAGAUUCAGAGGGUUUAGAGCCAAAAGGCCUCUCUCCGCCCCACAAGAAGAGCAAAGCAAAGAAGCCAGAAAGUUCGAAAGACUCUAGUGAAGAUGAGAAUGGUCCAGAGGAAAAGCAAAGUGUGGAAGAAAUGGAGGGGCAGAGCCAAGAAGCAGAUGGCGUCAACACUGCCACUAUGCCCAGCCCCACUUCAGAAGAGGCAGUGGAAGCCUGUAAAGAUGAAGAUUCUGUAAAGGAUGACAAUAUUGCAAAAGACAAUGAAGUAACAGAUCAUUCUGCAUGUGACCAAGAUCAUUCCAAUGGACAAGAGAAUGAUUCAAUGAAGAAUGAAAUAAAAAUUGAGACAGAGUCCCAGAGCUCGUAUAUGGAUACAGAAGAACUUUCAUCAAACCAUGAAGAUGCCACAAUUGUGGAUCAACCGGAAGUGAUUCCACUAACAGAUGACCAAGAAGAAGAAGAAAAUGAAAAAGCUCAAGGCGAGGACACACCUAGAGUGCCUGGAAAAAGCGAAGCCUCCAGUGACAUAGAAGAUACUGCAGAUCCCGAUGUUGAAAUGAACAGUCAGGUUGACAGUGUAAACGACCCAAUGGAGAGUCAGCAAGAAGAUCAACUAAUAGCAGGGGCACAAGAUGAAGUAAAGGAACAAAGAAAUGGAACCAAAUGACAAUCCUCAGCAUUGCAAGGCCUCUCCUGGCCCAGGGGGAGUUCGGGAAGAUAGCGCCACGUGGUGUGGAGCAGGGUGGGGGUGGGGGGAAAGCAAGUCCCAUGAAAGGACAGGGAAUCCUUUGCUCUAAUUUCUCUAGCUGCAUUUUGUUCUGUUUACCUGC